GGGCGCCGUGUGCAGCCGCGCGCGGGGAGGCAGCGAGAGUGUGCAGGGCGGCCCGAACCGAGGACUCUGUGUGUGCAUGCGCGCAUGUGUGCGUGUGUUUGCGCGUGUUUUCCCUUCUUCCCUCGAGGAUGUGAAUGGCUUCGCUGCUGGCUGCUCCCUUAGGAUUCUUGACUUUGUGGAGCUCUGGGCUGUGAGCACAACCCACACAUAUUAUCCCGUUUGCACGGUUCGGUUAUAUCUGGAGAUAAAGACACCACUGGACGGGGGUAGGGCAGACCAGCCAAACCUGGAAACACACUCACAGGAGAGAGGAAGGAUGAAAGAUCUGAAAAGAUUUUCAUAAGCUUUCUGCUGGGCCUUACAUUUUCCGGAAAGAUGCUGCAUUUUCUUUUACCUUUUCAAGUCAUCUCGACAUCUGUUUUUUUGUAAGCCACUCUCCAGCUAGUUGUGUGUGUGUGUGUGUGUGUGUGUGUGUGUGCGCGCGCGCGCGCGUGUGUGAGUGUGUGCGCGCGCCUAUCUGAUGCAUUUGACUGUCUUUCCUCCAACUGCCCAGAAGCAAAUGUGUUAACUCGGUAGUGCCCCUGGAUGCCUGGGUUCUUGCACAGCUUGGAAGACGCCCAGACCCAUUUUCCUGGCUGGAUUCGGAGAGGCUUCUUGACUGUGGACCGCAUGUGGAUCACUUUACCUAGAGGGUUGGAAAGCUCCAGUGUUAACCUGCUUCCAGGUACAUCACAAGGUCACCAGAGGGUCUCGCAGCCGUCUUGUUCCCGUGCAUCUCGACCUUCCUCUUUUGACCAGAAGGAUAUUAACGUUUCUGGUCACAUCAUUUGAAGCCAAAAGUUCAGCUCUUGGAGCUGGUUUGCUCUCCAAACAAGGUAACGAGGAUUGCUUUUCAAACUGCCUAACAAAAUCCCCGACUCUUCCUCAGCCUUUUCCUGGCUCUUUCCUACUCACUAAAAUGUCAUCAGCUCUUGAAUUACGUGGAUUUGGGUUGGAGAACUUGAAGCAAACGUGAUAAGUGGCUAUGCCAGACCGCCCUCUUUGCUGCCUGUGGUCCGGUGGGCAUAGAAGCCAAUCGUGAGACGCCCCAGUCCCCUUUGCUUCUCCCUCCCCGCACUGUGCUAGGUGUGUGUGCGUGUGCAAGUGUGAAUGCGAGAGCGCGCGCGCGCCUGAGUGUGUGAGUGUGUGUUUGAGUGUGUGUCUGUGUGUGCGUGCGCGGCCGUCCUGCCUCUGCCCGCUCCCUGGGCACAGAAACGUGGGUUUCAUGGGGCGAUCGCCGCGGAUCCCCCACCCAGUGCGACCUGCGGGCAGCGGCAGCAGUGGCAGGAGCCGCCUCUCCGACUCCCUAGGAUGCGGGUGCUGAGCUAUGGCAAAGGGCAGCGAAGUGACGAGAGAGACCCGCGUAGGACUGUGAAAGCCACCUGGAGCCACCUUGCCGGGAUUGUACCUGCGGGCAGAAAGUCCUCCUACGAUCGUCUUUUUCCUCUAGAGGCACCAGAAUUGAUGUGAAGAGAGCACACAGAAUGAUGUGCUGCACCUGGCAGCUGAAUCCCUGUAACCAUUCAGCCAGGUGUUGGGAAGAUAUGUAGUAGCUGAGCGUCUUUACUUCUGACACCAUCCUACGAAUCAACUUUGGAGAUGCUUUCACCCUGUCGGUCUUCUGUAGCAGCCAGGCAGAGUGCUGACUCCUUCACAGCAGUGAGGAACUCUUCAGGCUCCGGAAGGCUCCCACUUGAGGGUCUUUCCUCAUCUGGUAUUCAUCUCACCCCUUCUGAAUGGACAGGCCACAGGUCACUUGACUACAGGUUCCUCCUUGUGUCCCACAAAGCCUGCUGUCCUAGGUGAACUUGAGGGAAUAUUUCACAGUUGUCUCCUGAAAAUGAAUACAAGCCUGCAACAGUCACUUCAAUGUCCUCGUUCGUUGCUGGAGUUCCAGACAGACAUCAUAUCCAAAUUAUAGUUCAGAAGAAGGCAGAUGGACAAAAGGGCAAGCUCUAAAAUCUGAUCUACAAUGGAAAAAUUUCUUUUUUAUCUGUUUUUCAUUGGCAUAGCAGUGAAAGCUCAGAUCUGUCCAAAGCGUUGUGUCUGUCAGAUUUUGUCUCCUAAUCUUGCAACCCUUUGUGCCAAGAAAGGGCUUUUAUUUGUUCCACCAAACAUUGACAGAAGAACUGUGGAAUUGCGGUUGGCAGACAAUUUUGUUACAAAUAUUAAAAGGAAAGAUUUUGCCAAUAUGACCAGCUUGGUGGACCUGACUCUAUCCAGGAAUACAAUAAGUUUUAUUACACCUCAUGCUUUUGCUGACUUACGAAAUUUGAGGGCAUUGCAUUUGAAUAGCAACAGAUUGACUAAAAUUACAAAUGAUAUGUUCAGUGGGCUUUCCAAUCUCCAUCAUUUGAUAUUGAACAACAAUCAACUGACUUUAAUUUCUUCUACAGCAUUUGAUGAUGUAUUUGCCCUUGAGGAACUGGAUCUGUCCUAUAAUAAUUUAGAAACUAUUCCUUGGGAUGCUGUUGAGAAGAUGGUCAGUUUACACACCCUCAGUUUGGAUCACAAUAUGAUUGAUAACAUUCCUAAAGGGACUUUCUCCCACUUGCACAAGAUGACUCGACUAGAUGUAACAUCAAAUAAACUGCAGAAGCUACCGCCUGAUCCUCUCUUUCAGCGAGCUCAGGUACUAGCAACCUCAGGAAUCAUAAGCCCGUCUACUUUUGCAUUAAGUUUUGGUGGAAACCCUUUGCAUUGCAAUUGUGAAUUGUUGUGGUUGAGGCGUCUGUCUAGAGAAGAUGACUUAGAGACCUGUGCUUCUCCGGCACUUUUGACUGGCCGCUACUUUUGGUCAAUUCCUGAGGAGGAGUUUUUGUGUGAACCUCCUCUCAUCACUCGUCAUACACAUGAGAUGAGAGUUCUGGAGGGUCAAAGGGCAACAUUGAGGUGCAAAGCCAGGGGAGACCCAGAACCUGCAAUUCACUGGAUUUCUCCUGAAGGGAAGCUUAUUUCAAAUGCAACAAGAUCGCUGGUGUAUGAUAAUGGAACACUUGACAUUCUUAUAACAACUGUAAAGGAUACAGGUGCUUUUACCUGCAUUGCUUCCAAUCCUGCUGGGGAAGCAACACAAACAGUGGAUCUUCACAUAAUUAAGCUCCCCCACAUAGUAAACAGUACAAACCAUAUCCAUGAGCCUGAUCCUGGUUCUUCAGAUAUCUCAACUUCGACUAAGUCAGGUUCUAAUGCAAGCAGUAGUAAUGGUGAUACUAAAACGAGUCAAGAUAAAAUUGUGGUGGCAGAAGCAACAUCCUCUACAGCACUACUUAAAUUUAAUUUUCAAAGAAAUAUCCCUGGAAUACGUAUGUUUCAAAUCCAGUACAAUGGUACUUAUGAUGACACCCUUGUUUACAGAAUGAUACCUCCUACAAGCAAAACUUUUCUUGUCAAUAACCUGGCUGCUGGAACUAUGUAUGACUUGUGUGUCUUGGCAAUAUAUGACGAUGGCAUCACUUCCCUCACUGCCACAAGAGUCGUGGGUUGCAUCCAGUUUACUACGGAACAGGAUUAUGUACGAUGCCAUUUCAUGCAGUCCCAAUUUUUGGGAGGCACCAUGAUUAUCAUUAUUGGUGGAAUAAUUGUAGCAUCUGUGUUGGUUUUCAUCAUCAUUCUAAUGAUCCGGUAUAAGGUUUGUAACAAUAAUGGGCAGCACAAGGUCACCAAGGUCAGCAACGUCUACUCUCAAACUAAUGGGGCUCAAAUACAAGGCUGCAGUGUCACGCUGCCCCAGUCCAUGUCCAAACAAGCAGUGGGACAUGAAGAGAACGCCCAGUGCUGUAAAGUUGCCAAUGACAAUGUGAUACAAUCUUCAGAAACUUGUUCAAGUCAGGACUCCUCCACCACUACCUCUGCUUUGCCUCCUACCUGGACUUCAAGCACUUCUGUGUCCCAGAAGCAGAAAAGAAAGACUGGCCCAAAGCCAAGUACGGAACCACAGAGUGAAGCUGUCACAAAUGUUGAGUCCCAAAACACUAACAGGAACAACUCAACUGCAUUGCAGUUAGCUAGUCGACCUCCUCCCGAUUCUGUCACAGAGGGGCCCACAUCUAAAAGAGCACAUUCUAAGUCAAAUGCUUUGCUGACUAAUGUUGACCAGAUUGUCCAGGAAGCACAGAGGCUGGAGUUAAUCUGAAGAGCACCACUUCUCUUUCUCCUGAAAAAAAGUCACCACUGAUAUUUUUAAUGGAUAAAAUUUAAACAUGUUUCAAUUCACAAAGAUUAGUUGUUGAACUGGUGUCUUGGAAGAAAUUGUCCAGAGGAGCCGAAGCAGAAGUCUCUGAUGCUGGCAGAAAUGGCUCCAUCAGACCAUGGUUCAUCCCCUUUUAAAACCAUUUUUUUUUCUUCUGACCUACAAGUAUUUUUUUUAAAGAAGGAAAGAAAAAAGCCUACAUUGGCAUCGAGUUCUGUAUCAAUCCAUGUUACAUUACCAUCCAUGAUUUAAGACUGUAGAAUCUUGAAUAAUCUAUAUCACUUUAACAAUAAAUGUUUUACUAUGACA